UUCCUUUCUCCCCGUCUCCCUCUCCAUUUCUCGUCUUAACACACCAGAUCAAAUCACACAACUACAUCAAAGAGAAACAACACAACCGACCAUGCGCUUUUCGACCGUUGCUCUUGCAAUCACUGCCGUCUUGGCCACCUCCAUCGUCGCUACGGAGGCUACCAAUGAAACCAUUGAAGUGGUUUCACGAGAUGAAACCCACGCCCUCGGUGUCCGACACAAGAAACCGCACCACACCAAGAAGGGCUGGGAAGUUUACACAGACUGCAAGUUGACCUGGUAUGGCGGAGGUCAGCUCGAUGCGCCCGCUUGCGGUGGAGCUACUCCUUCGGACAGCAGCAUGAUUGUUGCCGUCUCGACCGAUAGCCCCUUCAAAUGCCAUGACAAGCUUCACCUUCAUCAUCAGGGCAAGAUGGUCGAAGUCACGGUUGUGGAUCACUGCGAUGGCUGCGCACCACAUCACGUUGAUGCGACCAAGGGAGUCUUUUCGAAGCUGGCGAACCUCGAUGAUGGCGUCAUUUCCGGUCUUCACAUUCGCCGGAUGUAAAGUGGCGACCCAUUUGAUUUCCCUCGUCUCUCUUCUCUCCCUCUCUUGACGCGGUCU